AUGUCGCCGUUUACUAUUUUAACGUGGCUUAUAUGCUUUAACUAUUACGUAAUGGACCAUUUUGGACUUUCGGAUAUAUUAAGUGAACCUGACAAAUAUACUCCAGAUACACUGGAUUUGUUAUCAGACGAUGAAGCCCGAGAAUAUUGGUUAAAUACAUGCGAAAAACUAGUAGAUAAAUAUGUAAAUUUUGCCCUUUCUAAUAAAGAUGAUCCUACUAUUGAAAUAAGAGCACUGAAAUUUAAAACUUGUUAUGUGGAAGCUUUAAAAGAAAUAAGAGUGAACCCCCUUGCACAUGGAGAAUUAACAAUACGCUUAUUACUAGAUAUUAAUGAGACUUGUCUUCGGGCUCAGGGGUUUUUUGAUUUAUGGAAACGGCAAAAAAAGUACGAAAAUGAAGCUGCACUUGCACAGCUUGCUUCAAGACUUGCUGAAAUAGAUGCCAUGCCGGAUGAUAGACAAAAGUGGCUUGCAUUAUGUAGUGGUAUACUUGCAGGUAACAUGUUUGACUGGGGUGCUCAAGCUGUUACGUCUAUAUUAGGUUGUGGACUUACAGAAGCCUUACAGAAAAUACAAAAAAGGCCCUGGUUGUAUGAUGGACUUGACAAGUGGCUGGACAAGCUGCAGACAACAGUUCACCACUGUGCCGCAGUUUUUGUAGAUAACAGUGGUGUUGAUGUGGUGUUGGGUGUAUUACCUUUUGUCAGAGGUCUUUUGUUAAGGGGCACAUCAGUAAUUUUAUGUGCCAAUGAGUGGCCUGCUCUAAACGAUAUAACUAACUCUGAGCUGGAAAAUGUCCUUCAGAGUGCUUCGCUUGUAUGCCCAAUCAUUGCGGCAGCAAGAGCUACAGGCAACUUAGUUGUAAGAUCUAGUGGACAAAGGGGGCCAUGCCUUGAUCUGAGAACAAUUAGUGUAGAUCUUGUCACUGAAAUGAAAAUUAGAGGAGUUGAUCUUAUCAUACUUGAAGGAAUGGGCAGAGCACUCCACACUAAUCUUAACGCUCGUUUAGCAGUGGACUCUUUGAAAAUAGCUGUAGUGAAAAAUGCAUGGCUAGCUCAACGUCUUGGUGGUCCAUUGUUUUCAGUAAUAUUUAAAUAUGAAGACAAGCCCUUCCAAGUGUUGCCAUAA